CAUUUUGCUGACAUUACAGAUGAUCAAUUCGAUUUCCAUACUUACUGUUUACGUAAAGUGACUCUCAGAGCAUAUCUAAGCAUGUUGCGGUUUGAGGAUCAACUGAGAUCUCAUCCUUAUUAUUUCCGUGCUGCACAGAACGCAAUAAAGAUAUACCUCAAUUUGCACGACAAUCCUCAUAAAGUCACCACAAAGGAAAAUAAUCCUGAUUUCGCCAAUAUGACUGAAGGUGAAAUACGGAAAGCGAUGAGUAAGGCGAAGAAAUUGAAGGCACGGCGAGAAGCUGAAGCAAAAAAAGCACAAGUCAAAGAAGAGCAAAAUAAGAAGAAAGUGGAGAAGCCUCAGGACGACGAUCCAGACGGCGAAAAGCUUUUGAAGACCGACAAUCCUUUAAAAGAGGCACUCAAGUUUUUACAGCCACUACAAGAACUAGCGUCAAAAAGAAUAGAAACACAAUUAUUAGGAUUCGAGAUCUAUUUAAGAAAGAGAAAAUAUCUGCUUGCACUGAGGUCUCUUUUGAAAGCUCACAGUAUCGACAAGAACGACCCCGAGCUUCACAAGAACAUAAUACGAUUUCACAAAGCAGUUUCUACUUCUGAAAUUCAUCCAACCGUAAAAAAAGUAAUUUCAGCUGAAUUUCAAAAGAUUCUUCCCGAAAACAAAGAUCUCGAAACAUUUACGAUGGAAUUGCUGGAAUCGAACAAAAAUUCCGUUCCACAUUUACUAUCUGCUGCUGAAUCGUUGUUCUUGAUAGACCCCGGUAAUAAAGCAAAAGCAGAAGAAAUUAUUCUUAGGAUCGAAGAUCCUGCAUAUGAGAAUGGAAGGUCGCUCAAGAACUGUAUUGCAAGCCACGAAAUACUUAAGACAGUUCUUAACUCAACCAAGGCUGAUCAAUUCAACGAAAAAU